AGCGCAGAUUUAGUCAGGCUAUCACUUCACGUGACAAGAGAACUCCGAGACGAGAUCUUUACCGGGUUGAAGAAGAGAUUCAGCGUCUCAAAAGCUAACAUUCUGUUGUGUGUACUUUCUGUUGUUUAAAAGUAUUUGUCAAAAUGCAAUAUUUUUUAUUGCUCUUUGUUGCUGCGUCCGUGGUCUCGGCUUUUUUCUCUGCCAUACCCGGAAGUAAGAACACAACCCAGCCACACAUCGUCUUCAUCGUGGCGGACGACUUAGGCUGGAAUGACGUAGGCUGGCACAACCCUGACGUCAAAACACCUGUUCUGGACCAGCUGGCGCAUGAUGGCGUCAUCCUCAACCAGACUUACGUCAAUUACGUCUGCACACCGUCCAGAACAGCCUUUAUGACUGGAUACUUUCCUUACCAUGUUGGUAUGCAGCACAUGGCCAUGCUUCCGGCGCAGCCGUCUGGCGUCCCGUCACAUUUCCCCUUCCUACCGGAGAAGCUGAAGGAGUUGGGGUAUGCUACUCAUGUGGUGGGCAAGUGGCAUCUUGGUUUCUGCAACUGGAACUACACUCCAACCUAUCGCGGGUUUGACUCUUUCUAUGGCUUUUACAAUGGACAGGAUGACUACUACAAGCAUACUGUUCAGGGCGGUCUGGACCUCAGGGACGACAAAGAAGUUGUGAAAACAAAGGACGGAGAAUACAGCACCUAUUUCUUUACAGAACGUAUUGUUGACAUUAUCGAGAAGAAUCCCCUGAACUUGCCACUUUUCCUGUACCUGCCCUUUCAAAACGUGCACGAGCCUUUACAGGUUCCGAAACGGUUUGAAGACAUGUACUCUAACAUUCAAAAUGAAAACAGGAGAAUUUUUCUUGGUAUGGUCAGCGCCAUGGAUGAAGCCAUCGGUAACGUUACCAUGGCGAUGAAAAGGGCGGGGCUAUGGGACAACACCCUUCUCAUCUUCACAGCUGACAAUGGUGGUUGGCCACUUUUCAGUGGAAAUAACUUCCCUCUUCGCGGUGGGAAAAUCACCCUGUGGGAGGGGGGCACCAGAGCGGCAGCAUUCGUACAUGGCAACAUGCUGCAGAAAACAGGCUACACCAGCAACGAGAUGAUCCAUGCAGUGGACUGGUUUCCAACGAUCCUGGCGGCCGCCGGCGGAACUGCAGACUCCGGUAUAGAUGGCGUGAGUCAGCUGGACACCCUUGUGUCAGGAAAGCCCUCCCCACGUACGGAGUUCGUCUACAACAUUGACGACACCUUCCCUACAAAACAGGGAGCCAUCAGAGUUGGGGACUAUAAGUUGAUUGAGGGAUAUGCCGGUAAACCUGACGGGUGGAUCCGUCCCGAUAACCUGACUAACGGUCACCAGAACAGCGGUGACCCGAUCACGGGAACAUGGCUCUUCAACCUGAAAGACGACCCUACAGAGCACAACAACCUUGCGGACACCAUGCCGGACAAGCUGAGGGAGAUGCAGGCUAAACUACAGGACUACAGGAAGACCAUGGUACCGGCAAUCUGGCCCAAGAACGACCCCAAGUCGAAUCCCAAGAACUGGGAUGGGGCUUGGACUCCAGGAUGGUGCUAGACAACCACUGUCGCCUUUCGUAAAAGGCCGUACUGUUAACAGCAAUAAUUUAACAAAAUCGACACGUUAUAGUGUAUUUGAAAUAUAUAUUUUAAAGAAAAAAUGAAAUUAUUUUGGAUGGAAUAAAUUGAAUUAUGGAAUUUAUAAUGGAAAUAAACUGUUCUCCAACACAAAACACGAAAAUAACUCACCAGGAAAUUUUCGACAGAAUCGCUCAGUCUUCAUCAGCUAUAUGACUCAAAUGCUGUGGACACGUGACUUUUGGCCACAUGUGACGUCACCUGGGUCAUAAAGCUGUUGGCCACAUGUGACGUCAGCUGGGUCAUAAAGCUGAUGAACAGUUUAAUUUACAUUAUGCAUUUCACCAACUCAGAUGAACUUUCAUAUAAUAAAUGGAAUUUGUUUCGAUGGAAUAUAUAAUGAGUAAAUUGAUUUUUUUCCAAACA